CUAGGUAGCUCCAGCCUCGGCCUUGAAGUGGUGCUCAAAACGCCCACUGCGCAGCCAUUUAUCAGGGCAGAAGCCAUUCUCAACUCAUUUAUCGAGUGCGAGAGGCGGUAGCGCUUUGCCGGGAGCCUGCUCUUCUCUACAGGAGUUGAGGGAGGUGCGCUGCAUCAGCAGCGCCGCGCGCGGGGACGCCGGCCGCGGUAAAAUAUGCCGCCGCACCGACGACGACGACGCGUACCACUCGUCCUCCUGCUGCGAUGCGCCGCGGGCGUCCUCGAGGGCGUGCGCCCAACAACACCGAAGGCGAAGACGCUACACCUCAAAACACCCCGGACGCCAAGCGUCCUCGCGCCCAUGCCCGACACAAGACCGAGCUGGUUCAAAGCAAAAGCCCCGGGCGGCCCCGGCAGCCGCUACGCUGAAUUACGGAAGUCCAUCGACGCCGGGAAGCUUAAUACUGUGUGCGACGAGGCGGCCUGCCCGAACGCGGGCGAGUGCUGGGAGGGCGGCACGGCGACGAUCAUGUUGCUGGGCGAGGCGUGCACGCGCGGGUGUAGGUUCUGCAACGUCAAGACCGACACGGCGCCGCCGCCGCCGUCGGCCGACGAGCCUUUGGAAGCCGCUUUGGCUGUCGCCUCCUGGGGCGUCGACUACAUCGUCCUUACCAGUGUAGACCGCGACGACCUUGAUGAUGGUGGUGCUGGUCAUUUUGCCAAAACUGUGAAUUUGCUCAAAGAAUUACAACCAUCUAUACUGGUAGAGUGUUUGGUUUCGGACUUCGCGGGCGCCUAUGAACCUUGUACCACGCUAGCGACGUGCGGCUUGGACGUCUACGCUCAUAAUGUGGAAACGGUCGAGCGAUUGCAAGCGCGGGUCCGCGACCCGCGCGCGAAUUACGCUCAAAGUUUGAUGCAGUUGCGGCGGGCCAAGGCCGCCUCGGUCGAUGCGCCUUCACCGAUUCUGACCAAAACUUCAUUGAUGUUGGGUCUGGGCGAGACGCGCGAUGAACUACGAAGGACCAUGGCCGAUCUGCGCGCUAAUGGGGUGGACGUCGUGACCUUCGGCCAGUACCUCAGACCCACGGAAAAGCAUUUAUCCGUGGUGGAAUAUGUACACCCCGACGUCUUCGAGGAGCUGCGCGAGGAGGCCGUCUCGGAAUUCGGGUUCGAGUACUGCGCGUCGGGGCCGAUGGUCCGGUCCUCCUACAAGGCGGGCGAGUUCUACCUCCAGAACCUGCUGGAGAAACGAAGGGAGGUGGACGUCGAGUUCGGGUAAGGUUGUAGAAAUGAA